AUGAGAAAAAUUAAUCUACUGCGAAUAUUGAUUCUGGUUUAUUUAUGCCAAAGAUCGGAAACAUUUUUCCACAUUAAUACAAAAACCCUAUGUUCUAAUCCUGACCAAAUUUCAAUUAUCGGCGGGGAGCAAAGACGCUUGGUUACUGAAGGUGGUCGUGUCACACUCAUAUGCUGUGUUCCGGGUAAAAGCAGUGGUCAUGAUCAUGAACAGCUUAUAUGGAAUGGACCAGAUGGCAAAGAAUUAGUGAAUUACUUUUCUACUCCAAUAUCUGAUAGUCAGCAUAUUGCAUAUUCUGUGCCAGAUUUCCAUUCAAAAGACCAUCUGAUAACUAUGAUGGUUAUUCAGCAAUUUCAAGCUGAUGACAGUGGCCAAUAUACGUGCCGAAAUGCACACCCUAAUUCAAUGGCUCUUCCAGCUAGUGUAACUAUCAAUGUUAGACCUCGUCUUUUAGCUGAAUUCGUACCACUGCCACCAACUACUCCAGAAGAUUCAGAAUCGGCAGUUGUGGCUGGCGUUGCAGUCUCUGUCGCUCUCGAAGAAGGCCGACGAGGUGAAAUUGUAUGCCGCAUUAACCCAAAUUUGAACGUCGAUGAUGUCCAGAUCACCUGGUUUUUCCAGGGUCGACAACUAGUUGCUCCUUCAAUCGUUAUGAAGCAAACAGAGCAAAAGGGUUUAUACAAACUGGAUAACUUCAGUAAUAAAAACCAACUCCCAGGAGUAGAAAAUUCUGAAAUGUUUCUUUUACCCUCACAAGAAAAAAGCUAUAGUAUGAGGCCAAAUCGACCAUAUGUUGAACAGUUAAACCGUCCCAUCGCCUUGGAUCCAGGUGAAUUAGGAAUACAUAUUAAAGAAAAUGGGCAGGUGCUAGAAAUUUCACGGGUGGAUACGCGUCAUUCGGGAAUAUUCUUAUGCAAAGCUGAAACCAGCAAUCCAACGUGGUCGCCUAAAAAUUCGGAAUAUGAUUCAAGUCUCUAUGAAAGUGGGGUUGUAACCGCACCUUUCUUUAUACAAAUUCAAGCCAUUCGCGGUAUAGUAUAUUCACGUCCACGUUUACUACCUGGCAGUCCAAUGGAGAUAUUUACAUCAACUGAUUCAGAUGAUCCACAGUUGGUACGUCCAUAUAAGCGUUUCAUUAACAAGCGCCAAGGGGAACAAGGUGGAGAAGUAUUUCAAGGUUCACCAAAUUAUCUACAAAGAGUUCAACCUUUAUGGCAUGAAGCUGAAAAGAUAAAAGAUAAACCUAUCUCGCCAAGUGCAAGAAAGAUAGUUCAAGAAGGUGGGAAACUUACUCUCGAAUGUCAAGCUCGGGGGAGGCCUAGUCCUCAACUUCUGUGGUACAGAGGUGGUAUGGGAUCUUCAGCAAUAUCACCAAGCUCACAAGCUGUAACUUUCGAUCAACGAAUUAGGUCGGCAUUACAACAUUUACCUCUAGAGGACGUGCAAAGAGAGCUUGGAAUACUUAUAGCUGACUUCGAUCAUCUAUUACCUGCUGUUAUGAACUUAGAAAACCAAUCCAAUGAAGGUGUUUCUAAAGCACCUGGUGAUCUCAGUGGUAGUUACAGAAAGGGAACUCAGAAUUAUGAAUUAGGUCGUUUUCAGUUGUCCACUGGUCUUCGAAAAGAUGACAGAGGCGAUCCGGUCAUAGCAAUGUCACGCUUAACAAUAAACAACUUAAUGCCUUCAGAUGCCACUCGAUAUACUUGUCUGGCUCUUUUGAAUUUAAACCAAUACGGUGGGAAUGGUAACUUCACAGACGUUGGAAGUAUUCUUCCAGACGUCGUUUUGAAACCACGAUUCGUCCGGUCAGGCACUCGCUUAAGAGCCAGCGGAUAUCCUGGAGAAAAUUGCAGUUUAACAUGUGAAGCGUAUGGUGGCCUUCCAAAUGAAAUGGGAUUACGUGUCAGACUUCUGAAAGGUCCCGGUGUUACUAAACUCAUUUCUUAUAUGUCUAAUUCUAUGUAUACGGAAAAUAAGAAUCCCGCAAUCAAAACAUACGAUGGUUUCACUGAAUAUGAAGCAGGAUACUCUUCUAUUAAUGAUAGAAAUCGUAACCGGCCUACACUGCUCUCCGAAAACAGUGGUUUGCUUGAUUCAUCUUCAUCCGACGCACAAUACAUGAGUUCUGUGAGUGGAAAAAGUAAAACUGAAGGAUCUAAUAGUAAUAGUUAUAUAGAAAUUGUGAAACCAGGUGACAAUCCUCGAUACCAUUUGACUGUUGAACCAGAUCCACGGAACUCGUAUGCAACUAUUUUACGUUUAGAUAUUACAGAUCUGUCACCAGAAGAUAACUCGUUUUACUUGUGUGAAGCACUUUCUGGACCUCAUUGGCGAGCAUUCACUCCAACUUCAGCUGAACCUCCUGGAAGAGUGACUGUUUGGUUUGCACCACCAGCAGCCGAACCUAGACGUGUUACAGAAAUAUCAGACACCAUCGAUACAGAUGAUAAUUCCAUUCAGAGUGAAACAACCACACAGCAGGGAAAAGAUGUUGUUUAUGGUUUAUCACAUUUACCUUCUAAAAUAGCCUGCCAGGCACUGGGACAGCCACCACCUCAAUGGAAAUGGGUAGGUCCACAAAGCGGACCAAAUGUACCACUAGGUGAACCAAAUAAUUCAAGAGGUUACGUUAAAACAGACUAUCAAGAUGGCGAGUAUUCGGUCAGUGAAUUAACUGUUCCAGCUGGUUAUUGGAAUGUCGGUGUGUUUGGCACAUAUACAUGCACUGCAUCUAAUAGACUUGGUCAUGCAACAGGACAUGUUCGACUUCAAUUGGCGAGCCAUCCAGGCCGACCAACGCUGAGAGCGUGUAAAGUUGAGGCAACUUUAAUUGAGCUGUGUGUUGAACCCCCAACUGAAACUGGAGGUCUACCACUAACUCACUAUGAAUUAAGGAUUCAAACUCAUCCACGUGGCGCUUUCCACGGACCUUUCGCCUAUCUUCCUGGUCGCAGAGUGCUAAGGUUACCAAAUCUCAUCCCUGGUUAUUACUACCGAUUCGCAUUAUCUGCUGUCUCAAGCGCAGGUCGUGGGCCAAAUGCAUAUUUACAGGUUACAACUAACCAGUUAUCUAAACCGGUUAUAAAAUUACUCGCUUCUCAGAAUUAUAUAAGUCCAACAGGAUACAAUGUUCACUGGAAUGCAGAGACUACAAACGGCAUGGACAUAAAUCAAUAUAAUAUAAAUAUAAGACCAGUUGAAGUUGAUUAUUCUAUGGGUGAGAUAUCUGGACGUCCUAUUGGUUCUUGGACUCACUACAAUAACAUCGAGCCAUAUUGUGUAGUAUCAGCAGCAGAAGGUCAAAAAAUGUGCAAUUUCCCAAUUGAUGAUUUGAAACCGGAUAGUGCAUAUGAGCUUGAACUAUCUGGACAGAAUUCAAUGGGAUUUUCUGAAACACAAAGAAUCAUAUUUAGGACAUCAUCACUGACAGGUGUUAAUGGACGCAUACUAAAUAUGCCAUCAACUAUGCGACUAACAGGGAUAUCUAAUCAUAUUCAAUUAGAAAACGAAUUACGCCAAAUUUUCAAUUCAAAAACUCUCAACUUCACUUUCUCAUCUUCUUUAUCUUCUUGUGAUACACAUGAAAACAUUCUUCAUAGUAAAAUCCCUUCAAAAUAUUUAUAUUUCUGCGUUGUUCAAAUAACAUCAAGAUACUUUCAAUAUCCUAUACCUUAA